AUGCUUUCUAGAGCUGCUCGUCCUGCUUUGAGAGCUGGCGCCGCGGCGUCCGUUCGACCUAUCCCCCAGAAUGCCGCGACCUUCGCAACUCUGCGUGAGAUCGAGGAUCGAUUGAAGUCGAUCAGAAACAUCGAGAAAAUCACCAAGACGAUGAAGAUUGUUGCCUCUACGAAGCUCAACCGCGCCCAGCGUGCCAUGGUCGAUUCCCGAGCAUAUGGUCAAACCUCCAACACUGUGUUCGAGCAAGCAGAAACAAAGCCACUCGAGGGCGACGGAAAGAAGACCCUGCUUGUCAUUUGCAGCUCGGACAAGGGAUUGUGUGGUGGUAUCCACUCUGGGUUGUCGAAGAAGGUCCGCCGGAUCCUCGCUGAGAAGCCAGACUGCGAUAUCGUCGUUUUGGGGGAGAAGUGCAAGGCUCAGUUGAGUCGUUCGAACGCCAAGAACAUUGUCAUGAGUUUCGCGGCUGUCGGAAAGAACCUGCCCACUUUCGCAGAGUCCCAGGCCAUCGCCGACCAAAUCUCUCUCCUCCCAACGGACUACGCUUCCGUUCAGAUCAUCUACAACAAGUUUAUCAACGCCACCAGCUAUGAGCCUACCCCAGUUGAAGCCUACUCCGAGGAGGCUAUUACCCAAUCCCCCAACUUCUCUGCUUUCGAGAUUGACGAUGAGGUCCUUGCCAACAUGCGUGAAUACUCCUUGUCCAAUGCUCUCUUCUGGGCUCUCUCUGAGGGUCACGCCUGUGAGAUCUCUGCUCGUCGUAACGCCAUGGAUAAUGCCUCUAAGAACGCUGGAGAUAUGAUCAACAAGUACCAGAUUCUCUUCAACCGAACACGUCAAGCCGUCAUUACUGGCGAGUUGGUCGAGAUUAUCACUGGUGCCGCCGCUUCCGAGGAGUAG